UAAUAUUCUCCGGUGCUCACCUGAACGCAGCGCAAACCCUAUUUCUACUCUCUCGCGCUCACACUUUCUCCCUUUGUUUCGCUCUCUCCUCCCAUCCGAAACAAACAGAGUCAUGAAAGGAGCGAUACGAUUCGGCGUAUCGGAUUCGGCCACCGACGCCAACGAUUCGGCCUUACAGAGUAAAAGAAUAAUGGCAGGAUCCCCUUUUGAUUUUCACAGGGCAGAACCUUCCCAGCAACCAGUGAUGACAACACCCCCAUUAGAUGUGCACCGGGCUGAAUCAUCUCGACAGCAUGUGAGAGCUCUGAAUACCCAAUUCGUGAGUUGGGUGCAAACACAAUUACAGAAUCACCCUGAUGAACUUUGGGAAGAUGGGGUUCAAGAUUACCUAACUCAUGCUUCAAACAUUAUGGAGAAAUUUAGUGAUGUUGUCAACUGGAUCAAAGCAAAUGCUGUUAAAGGAGAAAGUUUGUCUGCAUUGGGAACUGCUGAAAAAAAGCUGGUGCCUGAAACAAAUAAUAUAGGGGGGAAAUUAUUUCAGGAGAAAACUAGUUUUGCCCCGGCCAAUACUACUUCAAUCUUCACAACUUCUUGGAGUUCUGGAGCGCUCCCCAGCAGCAAAACCCCUAUCUUUUUUGGAAGCCAAAGUUCAGUCCCCAUAAGUCAUGAUGCUUCAGAGGAUGCUGAUGGUGAAAAUGAUGCGAAGGAGCCUGGCAGUCCAUCUCUGAAAAAGACUGAAGAGAAGGGAAUCAUUGUAGUACAUGAAGUCAAAUGCAAGCUCUAUGUUAAGUCAACCGAUCCUGCAGAUAAAGAUGCAUGGAAAGAUAAGGGCACUGGUCAGCUUUCAAUAAAAUGCAAAGAGGGUAUUGACAAGGGUACAAAAGAAUCUAGGCCAACAAUUGUUGUUCGAAAUGAUGUAGGAAGAGUGUUGCUCAAUGCUUUGCUAUAUCCAGGCAUCAAAACAAAUCCACAAAAGAACUCACUUGUUGCAAUAUUCCAUACUUCGGGUGAAAUCAAUGGAAAUGAUGGUGGCAAUAAUGAUAGCGUUGUAGCUCGCACCUACUUGAUUAGGACAAAGUCAGAGGAGGAUCGAAAUAAGCUGGCAACGGCAAUUCAAGAAUAUGCUCCAUCUUGAAAAUAUAUCAUAGAUCUUCAUUUUGUUACCUUGAGCUAUUAUAUAACAAGAUGUAAAGCUGUAGUCCUGCCAAAGUUGCAUUUUCGGUGUUACUAAAUUUUUCUAAGGAUGGCUGUUUAGGAACUGCACCAUCCUCUUUUUGGGAGACUUUGAGAAAGCUAGAAUUUGGGCUCAAUAUUCAUAAGUGGAUUAAAUUUCCAAAAAAUGUACAAGAGAUUGAAGGGGCUAGCAAACUUGUAUAAUUCAGGGAAGGGUGGAAGUUGGAUUAUCAUUCUAUUCAUUUCAUUAUGCCUUGGAUUUUUCUAUUUAUCCAUAAUAUGGGGAAAUUCAAAUGCAUUCUACUA